AUGCCCAAGGCUUACUUUGUCAACAAGCGCGAAGCGGCGCGCGCGUUCAACUCGGACACUGACGACGAUGACGACGACGAGCUCGAACCACUCGAUCUCGACGCCACCUUCCAAAAGGACAUGGUGCUCUUCUGUAUCGACGCCGGUCCAUCUAUGCAUCGCAUUGAUCCCGCUACCAAUACUUCGCCCCUCUACUCUGCGCUCAAGGCGGCCGCCUCACUGAUGCAGAAGAAACUCAUCUCUUCCCCACACGACCAUGUCGGCGUGCUCAUCUUCAACUGCGCCGACACGCUCUUCCACUCGGUCAAGCCCGGCGAAUACUACAAGGGAAGCUACGAGCUUCAAUCUGUACGCCAAGUCAAUGUCCCCGAUACCUACAACCUCAAAGCACUGUUGCACGAGGCAGAGCUCGAUCCCAAGCAUCUGUACACUGUGCUACCGCCGGCGGAAAAGCAGAUGCGCAUUGACUGGGCGCUUGCCAACGCUGGCGUGGCUGUGGUGGCCGCCGCUAAUGCAGGAAGCAAGAGGGUAUUCUGGAUCACGGAUAAUGACGAUCCGCAUCCCAUGAGUAUCGACCCCAAGGCCACCAAAGCAAGGAGGGCGUGUCUCGACAAGAUGAACGAAUUCCGUAAGAUCGGCGUCCGCAUCGAGCCAUUCUUCAUCAAUUCCAACAAGCCCACAGCAGCGUCACAGGAGCCAUCGGGGAGCCAGUUGACACGCGAUUUCGAGAUCAACAAGUUCUACGCCGACGUCUUUGCUCAUUACGAUGACGAUCGCGAUCAAGACGACGACGACGACAGCACUGCUCGACGACUGCCAAGAGGCUUUAGUAGCACAGCGGCGGAGCAGCUGAAGGGUCAGGAGACGAAGCGCACUUUGUGGGAUUCUAGCGUACGCUUUCAGGAGCUCGAGGAUGACGUUGCUACGCGCGAGACACCCAAACGUGUUGUGUUCAAUAUCCGGUUCGAACUCGCUGCUCUCGACCCAACACCAGAAUCGAAUGAGUCAGACCAAGGCGAGGAAAGGCUUCCACAGGCACGCACGCGUGGACGCAAGUGGCAAAUCGGCAUCAAAGGCUACAGUCUCGUAUCGAAAACCACAAAGGGUAAUCCUGUCAAGGUAAUCGUCGACGACGACUGCGGCGAGCUCAAGGAAGUUGUUACGCACCAGCACUACGUCGAUGUCAACUCGGGCAAGCCGUUAUCCAAGGACCAGGUCAUCCCGGCCUUCCAAUUCGGCCCAUCCUCAAGCCUUCGUGGACAGGUGACAUUCACUCCGGGAGAGCUGAGAAGUAUCAAAACGUUUGGCAUGCUGCCGUCUCUCAAAUUGAUCGGCUUUCGAAACAGAGACGAUCUACUUCGAUUCGAGUGGAAUGUCAAGCACUCCUACUUUAUCUAUCCGUCGGAUAGCGAGUGGAAAGGUAGUCGCAAGACGUUUACCGCGCUACUGAAUUCGAUGAUUAGCAAGGACAAGGUGGGGCUGGGACUUUUCAUGCCGAGGCAGAAUGUGGUUCCGGUAUUUGUGGCGAUUGUACCUCAGGAGGAAGAGGUCAGCGCCGAUGGACAGCAGCUCGUUGCUCCCGGUAUGCAUCUUAUCACUUUACCGUAUGCCGACGACGUACGCGAUGUACCUGCCAACCUGUUGCAUACAGAAGACGCCAAGGACGAACAAGUUGAUAAAGCGGUCGCGUUCAUCGAGCGGUAUCAAAAAAGGCAGCCGUUCAACCCGGACCACUACCCCAAUCCAUCACUCAACCACCACUAUGCAGUCCUCAUGGCCACCGCGUUCCAAGAACCGGUACCCGACACACCCACAGACCUCACUGUUCCACAGUACGCUACCAUCAAAAAACGCACCGCUCAUCUCAUCCAGGACUGGCACACGGCGAUCAAUCAAGAUCCGAGGUUGAAUGUCGUCUCUGCUGCAGCGAGCAAGCAUGCCAAGACGAGCACAAGUGUACGCAAGACGACGUUCGAAGAUGAUUCCGAGAUCAUGGAGCUAUGGCAGAGUGGCAAGUUGAGCGCGUAUACUGUAGACGAGUUGAAGUCGGCGUGCGAUUUUUACAGGCUGGACAAGAAGGGCAGGAAGGCAGAUCUGUUGGUGAGGAUCGAUGAGCAUAUUCGCAAACAGAGAAAGGCGUAA